CUCCCGCACUCUCCUCCCCCUCCUGCCUCUUCCCUUCCCCGCCUACUCCUCCUGUCGCCGCUGACGCCUCCGCUCCUGCUGUCGCCACAUCGCCGCCCCAAACCCCUGCCGCAUCGGAGAGAAAUCCAUGGCGGUGGACAAGCCCGGCGGCGGCGGGGCCUCCUCCUCCUCGCCCGCGUCCACCACGGACCGACCGCGUCAGCAAGAGGAGAGGAGCAGCAGCCGCAGCGCGUCCUCAGUCCGGCCUCGAUAAGAGAAGGGGAGCAGCAGCCACGCUAGCUGGCGCGCACCUCGUCGCCACCUCUCCUCACCUUCUCCCAGGUUCCUGAUCUGGAGCGAGAGGGAGGCCAGGCUACCCUUGACACGCAUAUGUGGAAUGUUCUCACUAUCAACUCUGGAAUAACUAGCAAGUAGUGGUGUCAAUGGCAUCCAUGGGAGACAUUUUGGUGGCACAUGGACAUCACGUUCUGGAAUAAAGCCAUGGAACAAUAAAUAACUUGGCAACGGAUACCCUGUGGUCUACAAUUAUACUGUAAUUAUGUGUGCACUUUGGAUCUAUUGGAUGUCUAAAUGUAUUGUUAAUCGACAACUACUGAUGCAAAGGUAUGUUCUAUUUGUAAUAUGAAAUGAUUCUUAUUUGUACCUCCAGCAGUCCUUCUCACAUUUUCUAUUUGUAAUAUGAAAUGAUUCUUAUUUGUACCUCCAGCACUCUUCUAUCGCUCCUUUUAGAACUAAUGACAUAAAAAAUGUGGUCUGGAGUCUGGUCGUGUUUGAACAAAGUUGGUCAGAAUGAUAUAGUUGUUUUCUUCAAGUUCAUUAUAUUAAUUUUUUCAGUAUAUAGAUUAUUUAUUUGUUCACACAAUACAUGGCAGGAGAUGUGUGUCGAGAGGCACAUGAAUAUGCACGUGGGCUCUUUUUCAGCAUGGUAGUCUAAAAAACUGUGGUAUUCUCAGAACACGUAGAAAAUGCUUUGCUAUCAAACCGGGCAAGUGCAGAUUUCCUUGAAUAUAGUUUAUUUUACAAUUGUGUUGCCAACGUGCUUCCAUUGUUUUAUCACCAUAAAAUAGUUCUAGGUGCUCAUAUAAAAUUUAGUGGCGUGUAUGGGUGAUUGUAGUGCAGUUUUGUUUAUCUGCUUGCAUUUUCAGCAUUAUAGUGUUGAUAUACUAUCUCAAUAAAACAGUGAAUACGUAUAAUAUGUACAAGCUACAUUCAAGUUAUGGCAGUGUGCCUGGGUAAGAUGAACUGGUAAUCUUCUGCUAGCUGAAAAAAACUUUUUUCGUCUUUACAUGUGUUUCUUGUUGAAACUCUUUUUCGUCUUUGCAUGUGUUUCUUGAUGAAGCUCGUGAUUUUCAAGUUAUGGCAGUACAUAUGUCUACCCACUUGCAUGACUACCGAUAUUGUCCUUAUUUUGCUCCUCCUUAGCCUUGUUCUGUUAGUGCAGUUCUUUUAAAUAGCAGGGACAGAGUCCCAGAAAACAUGCCUGAUUGCUUUUCUUAGUGGCGCACUUGCAAGUAUAUGUGGUAGUUUCUGUUAGUUUCUCAUGCUUUUCUACAAAGUGAUAGGUUAAUAAUGUCAUCAACAAUUUUUUCCUUAACUGAUCAAUAUCUUAGAAGUUGUCACUCAUUACUUUUCUUUUCCUUAUCUGAUCUCUAGCGAGUAGAGUGAUUUAUUUUCGCAAUACCUAAUUCUGAUCAUAGGUAAUGACAGAUUUGUUUUCAUUAAAUGAGAUUCUUGUUUUGUGUUGAUUUUGCAAAAUUUCUGUAGCUACAUAUUUGCUCAAUCCAAUAGACAGAUUUUAAUCAACCUUUAUUAUAAUGUAUUUCCAAUUGUUCAUAACUACAUAAAUUUUUGUUGUGAUUUUGCAAGAUUUCGAAAUUAUUGUGUUUCAAAAUUGUUAUACUGAUUCCUCAAUGCUCUGUUCAUGGCUUUGUUCUUAUUUUAUCCGAAAGACAGAUUUUACUCAACCUUCAGUAUAAUAUUUGCUUUGUUCUUAUACUGAUUCCUCGAUGCUCUGUUCAUGGCUUUGUUCUUAUUUCUGAAGCUAUAUAUUUGCUCUAUCCAAAAGACAGAUUUUACUUAAUCUUUUGCCUUUUAGAAAAAGGGAGAUGCCAUUUAGAGCUUACUCUGUCCAACUUGAUCUUCAACUUGCCGCUACUGUUCCUAAGCAUUUUCCUGAAAACUGUUGUAUUUGCUUUAGAGAAUGAGCUCACCUUACUCAGAAGAUAUGCCAAGUAAAAAAUUAGAAAUUGAACAAUUAGUUCCGCUCUUAAAUUUUGCACAACAGUCCAAAUUAUCCAAUAAAUCAUGUGUUAGCAGGGUCAAAUUAUAGAAGUUGAAUCACUUGUUCUAAAUUACCCAAUCCAAAUUAUGGAUGUUAAUAAUAUGCUUUGUGUUAGACUGUUAGUCAAAUUGUCGAAAGCCGGAGCUGGGUUGAGGAGCCGGCCUCCGCCUUUGACCAUUACGUGAGAAGCAACACCGGCGUUGGCCGUUCCGUGUGCAGAGUGUGUGAGUUAGUGAUUUAAUUCCAUCCUUUCCAUCUCAUGAUGUGAUUUUUCCUUUAGGAUGAAUUAGUAACUUUGUGUGGAGGUGGCAGCACUACCUGCUGGUUGGUGUAAUGCCGUGCUUGACAGGGUGAUUUGCAAUUCCGAGUUUGUUUAAUGGCUUAAUGUCUAAGCACUCAUCCCCUUAUUCUGUUGUGUUGUUACCAACUUGGUUUGCAAGGAACAUACCUUCAUCUGUGUACAUCAAGAUUGCUAAUUGCCAGCUGAAGGGUGAUAGUAAAGCAUGAAGAUGCCUAAGCUUAUGAGGAAGCUGCAAACUGCGACCAAAAAUUCUCACUUCAGGGUACUCUCUCGAUCUCUCGAUCUCAAAGAGGAAACGAGGCAGCCACGGCCUCCUUGCCCGCACACCGCUGCUGCUCCCCAACCACGGCGCUAUGAUGGUGCUUGCUCGCCUGGUUGCCGCCUCGUCUCGCCCAAUCUUGAUAUAGUCCGGGGCGGCGCCGGCACCGCUCGACCGCGUCGUUGGCUCCUCUGCGUCAUGAGAAGCGCCACCAUUGCCUCCACCCCCACUGGGCAAGGAGCUCGAGGUGUUUGGGGGUUCGUGUUUCCUACACAGGCCAAAACACUAUUGGAGCCUUGGAGUUUGAACCAGUCGUUUGGAGCAGAUCAGCUCAAAAGAGAUCCUUUGUACCAUUUGCAGACUACCCAUCUCCCUCUGGAGAUUGACAGGCCUGGAGUCUCGCUCGCCUCUGUUUUCCCCCUGUGGACACACAUGAGACUCAGAUCUUGGCUCGUCGUAGAGGAAUCGAUAGCAAGAAUCAACCAGAGAAAGGAUGUAUACAAGAGCUCGAGGCAGAGAUGGCGGAGCUCGGGCGAGCUCGAGACUAUGGAUCCAGGGCUUGAGUGCUCACGGGAUGGAGGUGCUCAGGAUGGAGGCAGGGGAGGGCGCCCUGCGGUGUUUAAAGAUCUACUUUGUUCCAGCGACUACUUUGGAUCAUAGGAAACUAAAAAAAAAGAGGGCGCCGCCACCACCAUCAUCAGGCUGGCCCACAUCCAUGCGCUGCUCGGCGUCACCAAGUCACCGGCACAACUCCUCACGCCCAGGUCGUUCAACAUUUUCUUCCGUUUUUGGUGCGUCACAUUUAGAGUCUUUCUUUCCCAUUUUACCGUGUUUGCAUGGUAAGAUAUUUGGUCGGAUUUGAAGGUUCGUAGCCUUGGCUCCAAAGCUUCAAGCUCUUAUAGAAAUUAGAACUGGGCCUUUUAAAAUAAGUCCUGCAUAAUAGUGUUGGUCUUUCUUUCCCAUUUUACCGUGUUUGCAUGGUAAGAUAUUUGGUCGGAUUUGAAGGUUCGUAGCCUUGGCUCCAAAGCUUCAAGCUCUUAUAGAAAUUAGAACUGGGCCUUUUAAAAUAAGUCCUGCAUAAUAGUGUUGUUCAGUGGGAUGCAGAAUUUUUUUUGUCUGAUCGGCUAUCCUUGGUGCUGAUUUAAGUACUGAUUUCAUUAUCAUAUGACUACAAUAAAGAAGCUGUGUGUAUAAAUAUUACUAACUGCUGAUAGUUUGCAUCAGUGAUUUCAAUUCUGUUGGCCCUCUUUAAGAUUGCUUGGGAAUGUAAGGCUUAAAAGUUUCAACCCUGUGCAA